AUGGCGUGCUAUUACAUCGUCAUCAGUUCUACUCACCUCAGCAACGGCCACUUCAGGAACAUCAAGGGAGUUUUCCGCGGCCCCCUCAGCAAGAAUGGCAACAAGAACUUGGACUACGCGGAGAAGGAGAGGACGACGACCAUGGCCAAAGCCUUGGAGGACCCGAAGGCCAACUUCUACUGUGAUCUGUGUGACAAGCAGUACUGCAAGCACCAGGAGUUUGACAACCACAUUAACUCCUAUGACCAUGCUCACAAACAGAGGCUGAAGGAGCUGAAGCAGAGAGAGUUUGCCCGGAACGUGGCCUCUAAGACCAGGAAGGAUGAGCGGAAACAGGAGAGAGCACUCCGGAGGAUACAUGAGCUUGCCGAACAACGCAGAGAGAUCCAUUGCGCUCCAGGCAGUGGCCCCAAGUUCAAGUCCACUACGGUGGCAGUGGAGGGCAGUUUCAGAGACAGCUGUACCGAUGGACCUUCAGAGGAGUCCAACAACUCCACAGUUCUGGAGACAGGAACCCACAACCACACCAGCACCAGCACUGGCCUGGCCACCAACAGCAAGACCCAGAAAACACUAUACUGGCCUUACACGGGAAAGGCCAAGAAACAGAAUUACAACAGGCACAAAAUAGCAUUCUCAUUCUCCUUCCCAAAGAAAGCAUCCGUGAAGCUGAAAUCUUCGGCCGCCGUGUUCUGUGACAACACAGAGGAGGGUUCCAAAGAAUGUGUCAGAAGACAGAAGCUCAGAAUGCCCUUUGUUGAGUUGAACAUUCUGGACUCUCCUACUGCACAGGAAAAGGGACUAGGUCACGGGACUGUGGAGGCUAUUGGCACUCAGCCUGGUGAUCUCAGCCCAAACAGUGUUAGUUUUAGUGAGUGGAGCCAGAGGUCAUCAGAUGCACUAGCCAGGUCUGACAUCCCGAUGCCACCACAGGCCUCACAUUUGUGUUCUGUGCUAGUUAACUCUGAGGAUAUGGCCAGACCUUAUGUGUCCUCCGUCUCCCAAUUACCUGCAUCCCCAGACGACCCAGACACAGUACUAGAUAGACAGAACUCUGAGGAAACUCAGAGAAACAGCCCAACAGAGGCCGAGCCGGAAACAAGCAAACACCAACAAGCUCAUAAAAUAGAGGAGAGUGUCUGUGGGGAAGAGGACUCCUCCAUUAGCAGUUUCUCUUCUGAGGUCGUCUCCGGUUCUGAUGGUCCCCCUGAGAACGGCUCCUCCUCCUCUCAGUCCUCUCAGUGUCCUGGGACUGUGAGAGAGGAACAGAAAGGAGAAGACAUUACGGUGGUGGUGAAGAACCUGUCUUGUCCUUUCACCAAGCCCAGCCAGCCGUUCUUCUCUGUGCUCAGCAGAGAUGGAAACACUGUUCUCCAGUGGCCUACAGAGAUGUUGACCUUCACCAGGACAGAGCCCUGUCUCUCCUACAGCUGCAACCCCCUCCAUUUUGACUUUAGGGCCUCGCAUCAAUGGCAGAGCAGGGCGAAGAUGCUUCACAGACAGAAGACGAGUCUGGACAAGUCAUGUCAGCACAGUCCCCGGAGCCACCCCACCCACCAGGAGUGCCACAGCCCCCAGCCUACCCAGAUUCAGAGGUUUCAUCCUGGGGUUAGGGUUCAGGACGAGAGAGGGUUCAUGGAGAGCCUGAGACCUGGAGGUACUACCGUUACAGCUAGCCCCUACCACAAUCACAGACCACCGUGUUUCCAUCCGCAGCACCCGUCUGACGGUAUGGAGAAACAUCACUGUCUCGUUCAGAUCCAAACCCACAGGCACGUCCUCCACCACCAUCAGCAACAUCAGGUGUUCCCUGGAAAGAUGAAGCAAGUUCUGUCUGGGUCUCCUGUCGCGGUGUCCCCUUCCUGUCCUCCCAUGCUCCACCCCGUCCACCUGUCUCCAUCCCCCAUGUCCUCCAUGCCAACCAGGUCCAUCACUAUCCGACACACCAUCCUCCACCACCAACAUCACCACCGUGCAGCAUUCCUCCCUCAGCACCCUCAACCAACUCUCUUACCCCAUGUUCUUCCGGUCCCUGUCAGCAGCCUGCCUAUGGGGGCAGAAAUGUGUCCCUCUGGCCCCUACCCUCCUCCCUUUGUGACCUCACCACCGCAGCUCUCGGUAAUGGCCCCGCCCAGUUUACACCACCACCCAAUGGCGGUGACAUUCCACGCCAUGCCCCGUCCAGCCAUGUUCCCCUCCAUGAUGCAGCCACACCCACAUCCCACUGUCAUCCCUCUACAGCCCAUGUUUUUAUGA